AUGAGCAAUCUCAAGCGAAAGGAUGCCCCUGGAGGGCAGCCUCCGGCUAAAUCGGCGAAAAAUACCAAACAUGGCCGACCUUCAAAAACAGAUGGUCCCGAAAUCGCAAAAUCAAAAGCGUCCAACGCCAAGCCAAAGACGUCGAACAACGACGCAGCCCCUGCCAAAGCACCUGUAGUGUCCCUCCUGAGAAAUGAGGAACCAAUAUUUCCUAGAGGCGGCGGCAGCGUCCUUACGCCUUUGGAACAGAAGCAGAUUCAGCUGGAGGCCAAGGCCGACGCCCGUCGCGAAGAAGAGUUCGAUACUAGUGGCGGCAAGGCCCAAAGGAAACAAAAGAAGAGAACGAUAUCCUCAAAAGGCAACAAGAAGGAAUCAAAAAAGAAGGACAGCAACGACUCUGUCAAGGUGGAGAGCCUCAAUUUCAAGAAACUUGUCAAAGGAUCUCUCGUGCUUGCCCAAAUUACCCGAAUUAACAACCUAGAUCUUGAAUUGUCUCUUCCCAACAACCUCACUGGCCGUGUAUCAAUUGUCGCUGUUUCGGAGCAGUUAACUAGUCGAGCACAAGAGAUUGCGGCCGAGCAAGACGAUCAUGAGGACGAAUCCGCCGAAGAAACAGAUCUUGACCUCAAAUCCAUCUUUGUUGUGGGCCAGUAUCUGCGAGCAUACGUUGUGUCCACGAUGGAGGAGUCAGUGGUUGGUAAGAGCAAGAGAAAAAUUGAGCUCUCUUUGCGACCCGCAGAGACCAAUUCUGGCUUGACCAAGGAUGAUGUUGUCGCCAAGAGCACCCUCAUGGCGUCCGUCGUCAGUGUUGAGGACCGUGGUUGCGUCAUGGAUGUCGGCAUUCCCCAUCUUCGAGCUUUCCUACCAAAUGCCGAAAUCGACCCCGCCAUUGAGCAAAGCCGACUUCAAGAAGGAUCUGUGUUCUUGUGCCAAGUCACAGGCAAGGGCUCAAACGGCAAUGUUGCUCAACUCUCUCUGCAGCAGAAGAAACUCGGCAAUCACAAGGACGUCCCAGCAGAGGCCACCACCAUCAAUGCUUUUCUUCCAGGCACCAUGGUGAGCGUCUUGAUUACCAACACUAACCGACGAGGUCUUGCCGGUAAAGUCAUUGGACACUUGGACGUGACUGCGGAUCUUGUCCAUUCGGGAGCUGGGACUGACGGCACCAAUCCGGAGGCUGCCUACAAGAUCGGAUCCAAAGUCAAUGCCAGAGUAAUAUGCAAUUUCCCUACAGCUAAGGAACCGAAGCUUGGGAUCUCCCUGCUUCCCCACAUCACUUCACUCACACGCAAACACCCGGCCAAGGACAAUGAAACCCUCCCUACAGAAGCCUUACCGAUUUCGUCCUUGGUGGAGAAGUGUACUGUUCGACAAAUUGAGAGCGAUAUUGGUCUCUUCGUAGAUACCGGAAUCGCUGGCUUGGGCGGCUUCGUCCAUAUUUCCAGAAUCAAGGACGGCAAGGUCGACGCUCUGUACGAAUCCAGCGGGCCUUAUCAAGUUGGUUCGGUCCACAAGGGACGAGUUGUUGGCUAUAGCGAAAUGGACGGCCAGUUUCAUUUGUCCUUUGAGAAGAGUAUCCUCGAUCAGCAGUACAUUCGCAUCGAAGAUGUGCCUAUAGGCGCCGUCAUCACAUGUGAGAUUGAAAAGCUAGUCAUCAAGGAAGAAGGCGUCCGUGGUUUAAUCUUGAAGAUUGCUGAUGGUAUCACUGGGUACGUCGCCGAGCGACACUUGUCAGAUAUCAAGUUGCAGCGCCCUGAGAAGAAGUUCCGCGUGGGUAUGAAGGUGAAGGCCCGAGUACUGUCAACCAAUCCAUCCAAGAGACGGAUUCGAUUGACUCUCAAGAAGACCUUGGUCAAUUCUGAUGCCCCAGUCAUCAAGUCCUACGAAGAUGCAAUUGUCGGCAUGCAAGUCCCUGGAACCAUCAUCAAACUUCAGCCUAAUGGUGCUCACAUCCAGUUCUACGGUAGCCUAAAGGGCUUUUUGCCUGUAUCCGAAAUGAGCGAGGCCUACAUCCGUGAUCCCAAUGAGCACUUCCGCAUCGGCCAAGUUGUGAGCUUGCACGUAGUCGAUGUCGAUCCAGCACAGCGCCGACUUGUUGUCUCCUGCAAGGACCCUGGAGCCUUUGGCCUGGACAAGCAAACGGCCCUGAAGAAUUUGAAACUAGGAGAGCUGGUCGCCGCAAAGGUAACACAGAAGACCGAGGAUCAAAUAUUCGUCGAGCUGGUAGGCAGCCAACUGAAGGCUAUUCUUCCUGUUGGCCAUCUUACCGACAAGUCUGCCUCCAAAAACCAAUUUGUUCUCAAGCGCAUAUCGGCCGGCCAAACCCUUUCCGACCUCAUGGUGCUCGACAAGAACGAGCAGCGAAGAGCUAUAAUCCUGACCCAGAAACCCAGUUUCAUCAAAGCCUCCAAGGAAGGAAAGUUGCUUUUUGAAUUUGAGGAUGCGAAGCAAGGUGCCAUUGUUCCGGCUUUCGUGAGAAAUGUUACCCAGACGGCCGUUUUCGUUCAAUUUGCCGGUACGGUACAUGCUCUGCUACCCAAGUCACGGCUGCCGGAAGAUGUCCGGUCUCAGCCGAAUUUUGGUAUGCAUAAGUACGAGUCCAUUGAGGUAAAAAUUGUUUCUGUUAUUGAUGAUUUGCGCCGCAUCAUGGUUGCACCUGCGACCUCGGCUCCAGAGGAGGAAGUCACCAAGACCCCGAAGGAUAAAGGUUCUGCUCCUAGGGACGGUCUUGAAUUCGGAAGCGUCGUUCUGGCCACUAUCACCUCGAUCAAGGAAACUCAACUCAACGUGCAGCUAAUCCAUACCCAAGUUCAAGGUCGGGUGGACGUGUCUCAAGUCUUUGACAAGUGGGAGGAUAUUACCGACCCCAAAGAGCCACUUGGCAAGUUCCACAGAAAACAACAGAUCAAGGUCAGGGUCAUCGGCGUCCACGAUGCCAAGGAUCACCGGUUCUUGCCCUUCUCCCACAGAUCAGCUCACUCGGUUCUUGAGUUGUCCGCCAAGCGCAGCGAUGUCAAGGGUGAAGGCAGUGUUCCUAUCUCACUCGACUCCUUAAAGGUCGGAGAGUCGCACAUCGCAUACGUCAACAACGUUACACCUCAAUUCCUCUGGGUCAAUCUCUCCCCCAAUGUUCGAGGUAGAGUUUCUGCCAUGGAAGCAUCAGAUGACCUCUCCCUUCUCAACGACUUGGAAGCAAACUUCCCUGUUGGCUCAGCCAUGAAGGUCAGAGUCAAGUCUAUUGACACCGAACACAAGCAUCUUGACCUUUCAGCUCGCUCUUCGACCGACUCCCACGGUGUCGAUUGGUCCUCCUUAAAGAAAAACAUGGUUUUGCCUGGAAAAAUUACAAAGAUUAAUGAACGUCAGAUUAUGGUUAAGCUCAGCGAGGUUGUUUCUGGCCCUGUCCAUUUGCCUGACAUGGUAGACAAUUAUGACGAUAUCAACACUCUCAUUUACAAGAAAAAUCAAAUCGUACGAGUGGCUAUCGUGGACGUGCAUGCCAGCAACAAGCGCUUGAGACUUUCCAUGCGUCCCUCUCGAAUUAUGAGCUCUACUCUGCCCGUGGCCGAUAGAGAAAUCACCGAUCUGUCACAAUUAGCAGCUGGCAAUGUGAUUCGCGGCUUCGUAAAAAAUGUGUCUGAUAAGGGCCUUUUCGUCGUGCUCGGCGGCUCCAUCACAGCCUUGGUCAAGAUUGCCAAUCUCUCGGAUAGGUUUUUGAAGGAUUGGAAAGAUUCGUUUCAGAUUGAUCAGCUCGUCAAGGGCCGCGUUCUCUCCGUUGAUAUGGCCUUGAAGCAGGUCGAGUUGAGUCUGAGAGAUUCCGUGGUCAAUCAAAACCACACUCCGCCAGUUACCUACAACGACAUCAAGGCGGGCUCUGUCGUCACUGGCAAGGUACGGAAAGUCGAAGAGUUUGGAGCCUUCAUCCUGGUUGAUAACUCGACCAAUGUCAGCGGUCUCUGCCAUCGUAGCCAGAUGGCCGACAAAGCAGUCAAGGAUGCCACCAAGCUGUACAAAGAAGGUGAUGCCGUCAAGGCUGUGGUUUUGGAGGUUGACGCCGCAAAGCGACGAAUCAGCUUUGGCCUCAAGCCUUCCUUUUUCGACGAGGUUAUCGAUAUGGACUCGGAAGACUCGGAUGCUGGAGGUGUUGGCUUGGAGGAAGAGGAGGGUGACGAUGAUGAUGGUGAGAAUGGGUCUGAGGAGCAAAAGGCUUUAUUAGACAAGCUUUUGGGCAACGACAGCGAGGAUGAGGACAACGAAGACGACGAGGAAGAAGCAAUUGAGGAUGGCGAAGGAAUAGAUGGUCAUGAGGACGAGGAUGACGAAAUGGAAGACGCGCCGACAAAAAAAUUUGGUGGUCUUGUCCUUGGCAAGAAGUCCGCCUGGUCCACUGAUCCAUUUGACGAGUCUGGUUCUGAUUCAGAGGAUAAAACGCAAGACAAGGGGGAUAGCAACAACAAGACGAAGAAGAAGCGAAGAAAGGGUGAAGUCGAAGUCGACCGCACAGCUGAACUUGAUGCCCACGGCCCACAAACCUCUAGCGACUACGAGCGACUGCUGCUAGGUCAACCGGACUCAUCAGAGCUCUGGAUUGCAUAUAUGGCGUUCCAGAUGCAAGUCAGCGAACUUCCCAAGGCAAGAGAAGUGGCCGAACGGGCAAUUAAGAGUAUCAAUAUUCGCGAAGAGACAGAGAAGCUCAAUGUCUGGGUUGCCUAUCUCAACCUAGAAGUUGCAUAUGGCAGCAAACAGACAGUUGAAUAUGUAUUCAAACGCGCUUGUCAGUACAAUGACGAGCAGGAAGUCUAUGAGCGACUGGCCAGUAUCUACAUCCAGUCCGAGAAGCUCAAGGAUGCCGAUGCUCUGUUCGAAGCCAUGUUGAGGAAGUUUGGUGCUAAAGCACCCAGCGUCUGGACAAACUACGCCCACUUCCUCUCCGUCACCAUGAAUCAACCGGACCGGGCAAGAGCUCUGCUACCGCGAGCAACGCAGCAGCUGCCUGCCCAUGACAGCCAAAAUAUCGUUGGCCGAUUCGCUGCCCUCGAAUUUCGCUCCCCGAAUGGCGAGCCAGAACGCGGUCGCACCAUGUUCGAAGGCUUACUAGCCAACUGGCCCAAGAAGGGAGACCUGUGGAAUCAGUUGUUGGAUCUUGAAAUGGGAGUUGCUGGUGCCGAUCCGACUGCGGUCCGUGACGUGUUCGAGCGGCGUACACGUGUGAAGGGUCUUAAGCCCAAGCAGGCAGAAAAGUGGUUCCGCAGAUGGGCUUCCUGGGAGGAGAAGCUGGAUGUUAAGGGCAAAGACAAGAUCAUGGCCAAGGCUCAGGACUGGGCGGCGCUAUAUAAGGCGAAAAAGGAAGCAGAGGCCGCGGAGCAGGAGGAUGAGGAGAUGGCAGAAUAG